AUGAUGAGGUGGCAGUGUCAGGUGCUGCUUUUGGCGUUAUUCGCCUGCGUUUAUGCAACAGACGAUACACCAGGCCAGAAACGGCAUCGAACGGCGAAGCUGGUACGCAACUACCCUGACUAUGGACCCGUUACUCAGCGUGUUCAAACGCUCGAGAGCCCUAUGUACAAUUUCAUCGACCCGUACGGUCCCGGUACGUACGCGUUUGGAUAUGAAAUCGAGGACCCGCAAAGCGGCAACGUGCAGUUUCGCGACGAGGAAAAGCUCAAAAACGGUACCGUACGCGGUUCGUACGGAUACAUGCAACCGGACGGAUCAGUCAUCAUCACAAAUUUCAUUGCGGAUGACGGUGGUUAUCGAGCGAAGACAGAAAUCAGAAGGGCCAACGGACAAACGGUUGCUUCAUUCCCAGCUCCUGCCCCAUCUACAGCGCAAGAUCGCUACUUCCCACCGUAUGAUCAGCAAGCCAGCACGAUCAAUCCAGCUAUUGCUGCGGCCCUGCAGCAGCAGCACAUGAAUCUUAAUCCAACGUACAACCCCAUCCUUGAUCCGAGCGUGGUCGAUCCUCAGUACGCAGCCGCCAUCUUAGGACACAUUCGCGAUCAGCAAUACAACCCCAGCCAAGGUUUGGUUCAGUACCCGUACGGCAUUCCACACGCACCGAUCGCACCGCACCAGCACCUACCACACUUGCAGCAGGCACCCCUUUACGAUACACCCUCGAACGCAGUGUCCAACUUCAUCGGCCAGUUCCCGGCCAGUCUGAACCCGUACCACGUUUACCAGAACCUACAGUCCGCUUUUCCACAGGUACUACCCCAGCAGAAUCCCAUUGAUCAGCUGGCAAACGGUGUACAGGGUGCCUUCCAGCAAGGACCACCUCCAUUCGGCAACUUCAUUGGCAACGCGCAGAAUUCCUUCCAGCAGUUGAUUCCACAGGGUGUCGGUAGCUGGUUUGGGCAGAACCGCUUUCCGGUAGGCGUUCCAGGACUACAGCAACAGCAACACCAGCAGCAGCAGCAGUUCCAGCCAGGUGGUUAUGGAUUCCCACAGCAGAUUCCUCAUCAGCAAAUCUUCUCCUCGAGCCGACCGACAAACGUGUUAGGAGACAUGCCAGUCACGGGACCCGGUUCGAUGGGGUCGAUGAUGAUGCACCAGCAAGGGCAGCAUUACGUGCCAACUACGAGACGUCGGAAGCUGACGGGCACGACAAAGAAACGCAACAAACUGAAGACGCGGGAUGGCAUGGACUGGUUCGAUGAUUUUCUCGAGAACCGGAAGCGACAGGUCCUGUACGGAACGGUCACGGCAACUACGCCGGAAACGAUGACGGAGCAGACACUCCAAGAGCACAGCGAGUGA